AUGUCAUAUAAUCCUUAUCGACUGAGGAAUUACGGGGGAGGAUAUUCAAAUAACGGUUAUAGGCAACGACACUAUUAUAAUGAUUAUAAUGAUUAUAAUGAUUAUAAUGAUUAUAAUGAUUAUAAUGAGAAUUCCCACCAUUCUUCAUAUCGUGAUCAGUAUAGCAGAAAUGGGUCAUAUUCAGGUAGUAAAGGUCGCCAUUACGGGUCGAGUACGAGCAGAAAUGGCCCACCACCAAGUUCAUCGGCAUAUUCGUCGGAUUCAUCGUCGCGUACUUACUCAAACUCGUCUAGUUCAGGACCAACAAAGACUCCAGUAGGACUGAAAUCAUUGGCUAUAGAUGGUUCCGAAAAUGGAGGCAUAUCAUCAAAGACCCAUAAGCAUAACAUUCCACUGGCAAAUAUGGUUGGUGGUACUGAUCCCACUACAGGUAUUAAUCCAAACGACGCCAACUUUACGCAGCUUUUACUUCACCAAGAUCUACUGAAACAAAUUGAAUAUACAACCGAAAUAGACCCCAAGAGAAACUACAAAGUGAUAUAUGACCCGGAGUUAGAUAAAUCACUUUCCAAAGCAGAACGCAAGACCAAGCAGAAAAAAAUUAGGUUUAAUGGAGAAUCGGUUUCUAGCCAUGAAGUCACUGAUCCAAGAAAAUCAAGUACUGGAAGCACAUCAGCAUAUUUUCUCAAGCCAAAUAAGAAAUCGAAGAAAUUUCCAUUCAAACAAUUACCUCAACCAAAGUUUAUUUACGAUAAGGACUCUUUAGGUCCUCCACCACAAAAUGAAAUUGUUGUGUGGGAUUUACCGUCAACAACGAGUGAGGUUUAUUUAAGUAAUUUUUUCAAAAGCUAUGGAGAUUCAAUUAAAGAUUUGAAGUUUAUUAAUGAUCCUUUAAACGCUGUUCCGUUAGGAAUUGCUACUUGCAAAUUUCAGGGAAAUCCAGAUAAAUCUAUGCGUAUUGCGAAAAAGUUCAUUGCUAAUGUCAGAGUAAACCAUACCAAAAUAGAUGGGGCCGAAUUAAAAAUUGCCCUUAAUGACAACGAUAAUAAGUUAUUGGAUAGUAAAAUAAAGGUGGCACUGGAUAAGCUACGAAUUUCAAGACUUAAAAUCGAGGAGGAAGAAAAGAAGCGACUUAAGUUGCAGCAAGCCAUUGAAGAUCAAAAGAGACGAGAAGCAGAAAGGGCGGCAAAGGAAAAGAAGUUGCAAGAAUCUGCAACUUAUUCGUAUGGAUCUAAGUUCAAACCAAAUACAACAACAUUGUCAAUAAGACAUAAUAAUGAAGUUAUUCCCGGUGUAUUUUUGCCUCGAGAAUUAAGAAAAUACAUUAAAGAUCGUCCUUAUAUUUUUAUAAACGAUAAAUAUGUUUCUACCAGAAAAGUUUCAUCACAAGAUAUUAAAAAGGUUCUCAACAAAUACGAUUGGACGAGAGUUCUUCCAGAUAGAUCAGGUUUUUUUGUUGUAUUCAACUCGAUUAAAGAAUGUGAAAGAUGUUUUAUAAAUGAGGAUGGAAGAAAGUUUUUUGAAUACAAGAUGUUUAUGGAAUUAGCUUUACCUGAAAAUUUCAAUGAGAACACUUCACUGGCUUCUAAUAAUGAUAAUUCUGAUUUAUUUGCGUCUAACAAAAAACAGAAUGAUGUCGUAGAAGAAGCAAGUAACAUGUUAAUCAAGGAAUUUCAAAACUUCUUAGCUAAGGACAUCAGGGAAAGAGUCAUUGCUCCUGUUGUUCUCGAUUUAUUAAGUCAUGACAAAUACCCAAAGUUGGUUGAAGAGCUCAAGGCUAAAGAAUUGGCUGCUAAAAAAGCAGCACCUCCUGUAGUAACCAACAAUGUAUCUCAGGUUAAAAAACCUCAUAUGUUGUCUUCACUUGCUAUUAAGAGUAAACCACAAACAGUAUUACCAAGCUUUAGGAAGAAAAAUGAUUUGCCAAAGUCUGGAUUAAAUUCAGUAUUAAAUGCUAAUAAAGCAAAAAAGAAUGUAAUUCCAAUGCAACAUGCCCUUAAUUAUGAUCACGAAUCUGAUGAAUCGGACGAAGAUGACUCAACUAGAUCAACUACCCCUUUAACACCUACAUUGAAAAGAGAACGAAGCCCAACGGUUAGUAGUGUGAAUAAUGAUAACGAUGUUGAUGAUAAAUUAGAAGACACCCAAAAAUCGGUUAAAAAGAAACAAAAGAAAACAAAAUUACGUCAAUCAUUCUUGUAUGAUUCAGCUUCUGAUGAAGAUAUGGAACCUGUUUCAGAAGAAAAAGAGGAAGAUAAGGAAGUAGAAAAAGCUGAAACGGAAGAUGAGGAUGACAUAGACUAUUCUCAUGUCGAUAAAAUUUAUCAACCAACAGAUGAUUAUCCACGGCCAGUUUAUGAAGAAAGCCCUAGGUUUCCUAAUGAUCCACUCGAUUUGGAUGCCUUGCAAAACAUCAUUAAAGAUGAUGAAGAUAUGACUUUACUUCAAACAGCAUUGGCUGAUGUCACAUCUGAAUCUGGUAUAAAGAACAUGGAAUAUUGGGCUUGGAAGCAGAAAGACAUUAAAGCUAAAGCAGGUGUCCAAGAAAUAUCUGAAGAUUUAGAAAUUAUAGGACCAUUGGAUUCCCGAUUCGAUUCUAAGAGUGGUUCUUUCAGGAGUGAAGGAUACAGGAAAAUCCCUGAUGCAGAUAAAAUUGAAUAUCUUCCACAUCGUCGUAAAAUUCAUAAACCAAUUAAAACUAUUCAACACGAUGAUGAUGAAUCCAAUACCUCCAGUACUACAACGAAUAAUAAUAGUAAUAAUAUUCAGAGUUCUCGUGUCAAUAGGGCUAAUAACAGGAGAUUUGCUGCUGAUAUCAGUGCGCAAAAGCAAAUGCUUGGAAGUGAGACAGAUAUAUUGAACUUGAAUGCUCUUACUAAGCGUAAAAAACCAGUUUCUUUUGCAAGAUCUGCUAUUCAUAAUUGGGGAUUAUAUGCUUUAGAACCAAUCGCAGCUAAAGAAAUGAUUAUUGAAUACGUAGGUGAAAGUAUUCGUCAACAAGUGGCUGAACAUAGGGAAAGAAGUUAUUUAAAGACAGGAAUAGGUUCGUCAUAUCUUUUUAGAAUUGAUGAAAAUACGGUUGUUGAUGCUACGAAGAAGGGUGGAAUAGCAAGAUUUAUUAAUCACUGCUGUAACCCAAGUUGUACAGCUAAAAUUAUUAAAGUCGAAGGUAAAAAGAGAAUUGUUAUUUAUGCAUUACGUGAUAUUGAAGCUAACGAAGAGUUAACUUAUGAUUAUAAGUUUGAAAAGGAGACCAAUGAUGCUGAGCGUAUUAGAUGUCUAUGUGGUGCUCCUGGCUGUAAAGGUUACUUAAACUAA